UAGGUAAUACCGCCUCCUCAGGACACGACAAAUAAAACAAACAAUACGUAGCAGUUGCGCGACUUGUAGCUCAUUUAACACGUUUAAUCACUUCAUUUACUCCCUGAGCGACAUUAAAGUACUUUAAAUGAAAGCGUUUGAGUCGGACGAGGAGCAAGAGGACCAACUAGGACUUUAUCAGAAACAACUAAGGGAACGGGCCAACCAAAGCUUGCAGCAGCUCAGCGGCGUUCUGGAGCAGCUCCACCACGAUGAUGAAGAGAAACAAGAGGCAGUCAGAUAUGGCGAUAGCGGAGGGCCCUGGACCUCCACGACGGAGAAUAACCAGCCAUUAUGGAGCCAAAAGAAGCAGAGUGAAGCGGUCAACCAACUGAAGAGCCUCCUGUUGAAGCAGGGCAAGGAGAUGCCUGCUCCUCUGUCUCCUUCCAAGGACUUGGUCCCAGUGACUCACAACCCCCCAGACUACAUUCAACACCUGGAGGCUGAAGUCAGAUUCUGCAAGGAAGAGCAGCAAGGCCUUAAACAGCGCAUCCGAGUCGUCGUGGUGGAGAACGAGAAACUACGCACGGAGCUCCAGGCCAAACAUGCGGACAUGUCUCUGAAGGACCACCAAACAUUUCCAAACCGCACGGUGAAUGAAAAUGUGUCAGGCGACAGUCAUAUGGCCAAGAGAGGGGACCACACAGCACGGAAACAUGAGCUGGAACAAUUGAAGGUGGUGCAUCAGGCCCAGAUUGAAACGCUGGAGGCUCAGGUCAUCUCCCUGAGGAGGGAUCUCUCUCUCAGUCAGAAAGACUGCGAGGAGCUGACAGCCUGUAUGAGAAACGCUGAAAAAGAGGCCCCAUCGUCGGUGCGAGUCGAUUGCGUCCCGCGUGUGUCCGGGUUAUGUCUGAAGUGCGCGCAGCAGGAGGCGCUCUUGGCCGGGGCUCCUGCCAACGCACACGUCCAGGCUCUGGACCGACUCACCAAGGAGCGUGACGAGCUGCUGGCGGCUCUGAGUGCAGCACGGUCAGCUCGCCAGGAGUUUCAGCAGCGGGAGUGGACUGCUUGUCUGCAAGUCAAAGGUGCAGUGGAGAUGGCCGAGGAGGCCCACCUGCACAAAGCUGAGGUAGAGGUGCAGUGCCAGCAGCUGUCCAGGGAGCUCGCCCGGCAGACGGCGCAGCGAGAACGUGACGCGCAGGCCCUGAAGGACAGAAUAGUCAAGGCCAGAGAGGAAGGACGCAGCGAGGGUCGCAGACAGGAGGAGGAGCUCGCAAAUACUGUGGCCUGGCUCUCCCAACGUACCAGCGAGCUGGAAGGCCAACUUGACAGACUCCACACAGACAAGAGCUCACUGACCAAUCAGCUUGAAGGCGCGCUGCAACAACUCGCCAGUGCGGAACAAGACAACAGCAAAGUCCGCGCAGAGCUCCAGUAUCAGGUCAACCAUGCCCGACUCAAGAAAGAAGAUGCUGAGCGGGAACUGCAAGACCUCAAGUCCAAGUCCAGCAGGCAGCUGGAGAAAUCGACACAGGAAGUGGAAAAGCUGAGCUCAGAGCUGGUUGGUUGCCGGCAGCGUCUGGAGGCGGUCCAGAGGGACGGCGGCCAAUGGCAAGCCGAAGCCCUGAGCCUGGCCGAACAGCUGGCGAAUGCCCAGCGCCAACUGCACCUCACCAGAGAGGACAACGAGACGGCGGCGAGGGCUCACGAGGACAAGAUGGCGUGCGCGGCCCGUGCGUGGCGUGACCGUGAGGGCGAAAUGACGGCGCUGCUCCAGCAAAUGGAGAUGCAGCACUUGCAGAGAGCUGGCGAACUGGACAGACUUCUGUCUUCCCAGACUUCCCUGAUCAAGAAGCUGAAGGAGGAGUGCCGCACCCUGGGAGCCGCACUGGAGGAGCUGACAGGAAACAGACGGCGCGAAGUGGAGCAGCUGGCUGUGGUGAAUCAACACCUUCAGGACACGGUGAAGAGCACGCGAGCCCGAUGCCUCGACAUGGAGAAACAGUGCGUUCAGCACGGACGCGUGCAUCACACGAUGAAAAACAGAGCUCCAGUUCCUGCUGGAGCAAAAACAGCCCCACAACAUGACGCUGCCACCCCCAUGCUUCACAGUUGGGACGGUGUUCUCAGGUCUAGAACCUUGCCCCUUUUUCCUGCAGAUUUAACAUUGGCCAUUACGGCUAAACAGCUCCACUUUAGCUUCAUCAGACCACACGUCCUAUCUCCAGAACUUAAGAUCUUUGUCUUGGUGUCUUUUUGCAAACUGUAAUCUGUUUUUGUUAUGUUUCUUUAUGAAUAACAGCUUCAUUCUCGGUAAGUGGCCUUUCACUCCGUGUCUGUGAAGGACUUGUAUCACUGUGGACAAUGACAUUUUCUUUUCCAGCUUCACCCAGCAUCUUCACCAGGUAUUUAGCUUUUGUUCUGGGGUUGGUUUUCCCAUUUUUUUUUUUUUUUUUUUGCCUUAAAAUGUCAGUGGACAUUUUUUUUUUUGGGGGGGGGGGCUGAAUUACUUAUUUUAAAUUCCCCGAACGUCAUAGAUGCACGAGGCUUAGAUGGAGAAAGAUGACACGCUGUGGCGACCCCUUACGGGACAAGCCGAAAGGAAAAGAAGAAGAAGAUUUUCAAACUAAUAUUCUUAUUCUUAUCUCUUAUUAUUUUUGAGUUUAAAUACACGUCACGGAUUUACACAUUUACACACACACACACACACACACCCGGAAGACAACGAUAAAAGCCGAGUCUUUCGUGUGGUCGUGAUGAAAAUGUCAUCGCACAUGUUGUGCACGUGAGCAUAGCAACAACUGGCAAGAGAGGCUGGUGGGGGGAGGGUAUGACCUGCAGACACACUUAUGUUAUAGCAACAUUCUGUGUGUGUGUGUGUGUGUGUGUGUGUGUGGCAGCUGCAGCUCGUCGCCUGUGGCGGUGUUUUUGCAACCAGGCAAGCUUACUGGCUAACCUCGAACCCGCUUAACAUGCAAUCAAGAAAUACAAUUACUACCUCAAAUAAAAAAACAAUACAUAAAUGCCUCCUGAAAAUACCCCCACACCACUCCCCAAUUCUCCAAAUCGAAAUAAAAGAGGCUAGGCUAACUCUUAGCUUGUGUGUUAGAUUGCGGUUGCAAGCUCUUCUCGUCAUUUUCAUUGUGGCGAACGACCAAUGAGACAGUUGCUCCUCCGGUUGCUGGCCAAUAGCGAACAGCUUCAGCGAGUUUCCUGAUUGGCUGUCGUCAGGUUUCGCGUCGCAAUUGCGGAGUGCGCAGCGGACCGCAGCUCCGUACUGGCUGCGUGCGCAUCAGAAUUUUGAGUCAGAAAUAUUGAUCAGGUUUUCCAUCCAUCCAUUUUCUUUGCCGCUUAUCCUCACAAGGGUCACGGGAGUGCUGGAGCCUAUCCCAGCUGUCAAGGGGAAGGAGGCGGGGUACACCCUGAACUGGUCGCCAGCCAAUCGCAGGGCACAUGGAGACAAACAGCCGCACUCACAAUCACACCGAGGGUCAAUUUAGAGCGUCCAAUUAUUGUUGCAUGUUUUUGGGAUGUGGGAGGAAACCGGAGUGCCCGGAGAAAACCCACACAGGCACGGGAGAGAAAAUGCAAACCCCAAACAGGUGGGGCCGGGAUCGAACCCGGGUCCUCAUAACCGAGACGCCGACGCUCUACCAGCUGAUCCACUGUUCCGCCGAUCUGCAACAUGACAUAAAAAUAAAAUGAAAUUUGCAAAUUUGCCUUUAAAAGAGACUAAAAGAUGAAACAACUAAAUGAGGCAAGAAUAAAUAAAAUGUCCAUAGAUCGGAAUUAGGACUUGAAAAUAAAAUACAAAAAAUAUAAAAUAAAAACAAUAUCUUUGUCACAGAUAUAAAACAUGGCUUAUUUGUAAAAUAAAAUACAUAAACUAUAAAUGGCAACCUUCGGGAGCAGCCGGUCGGACGCAGAGAAGAAGGGGAGGCCCAAACACCAUUUGAACAUUUAAAAAAGUAAAGAAUCUUCAAAUCAGUUUUGGAGUGCACUGGAGGCCAGCAUGGGAGUUUCGUGCUCCCUCUUAUGUGCUCCAGUUACGUGGCGAGCAGCCCGGCCGACGUUUUCAUCGGAAAAGGAGGAAACCGAUUUCAAAAUUUCACCGAUUUUCAGUGUAGUCCUCAGUUCAAAUAUUGAGUGGUCAACUCGAGCGUUUUACGAGCAAAUCGAGGAACGAAAACAAAAAUGCACCCCGCGCAGGAUGACGCUCACGCUCGGCGCAAUCUUUCCGACCUCCUCAAAUCGAGGGGCAACGUGCGUAACGUGCGUGUCCUGCCCUCCGUUGACAUUUCCCGCAUGUCAGCGUCUCGAUGUGUGGCUCUGGCUCAAACCCUCGCCAGGCUUUUGAACAACUCAAAUAUGACUUUUAAUGGCCGCAUCCUUCAUCCUUUUAGUGGCUGUUCCCUCCUCGGCCCACAGGAAAUGAUGCUCUCCCACCUGUAAAUAAACAAACACUUGCUGUGGGCGACCACUCGUGUGUGUGUGCGUGCAGUGUUUCAUGAUCAAGACUGUCAGGGGAAAUUACUGCAGAGUGCCCCCCAGCUAAACCUGCUUGGAAUUUUGACUGCUGUCACGCGCGUGUCCCUGCGCACGCGCACACACACUUUCUGUCCAGCAAGGGGCGUCCUUUUACCAGGUCAAAACGUCCUUGUGUCAUGCGGCCACCAAUCAUUCAAGUCACUUUUGCAGUGAUGUGCGCCUGUCUGCAAAAGGCAUUAAGCCACAUUAAUCCUAAUUAAUGAAUGACUGCGCCAGUGGAUGGAGGGCAUCGGGUGGAUUUUGGGCGUUAGCUACAACGUGCACACCAUCCCCCCACCUUCUGAAGUGGGUGUGUGAAAUGUGGCUUGGGGUGAGGCUGUUCAAGGUCUGAGGUUGGCCUCACGACAUUGGCUGCGUGUGUGUGUGAGAGAGAGAGAGAGAAGCUGCAUGGAGCACGUAUUAUGAAAAAAUCAGCUUCCGAUAUCGAGUCCAUUAAAAGCUUGAAAGGUUGCACUUCCAUUUCCACUUCCAUUCCCAUUUGUACACUUUAUAUUAGCAUACAAUGUCACAAAGUGCACAUUUUUUUGGGGCGGGGUAGUAAUUUGAUUUUAAAUAUAUAUGGAAAAACGUAAACAGCUUAAUUACGAUUUACAUAUAUUUAUGUUUUGAUGAGUUUUCCAGUCACUUGUGGCUUCUGGUAAUCAAAAUAAAAAUGAAUGAAAUGUGAGAAAGAUAUUUUUGACACAAAUUGCUAAAUAUAAACUUUUUUAAAAGUGUAUUUCUGAGUCUAUUUUUUUUUUUAAGUAUAUUGUCGGGACACAAACUCUCAAAGAAAGAUGAAAAAAGUCAGUGUAAUCAAACAAUAUAUAUAUAUUAAUCUGUAUUUGUAAUACACAUUUUCAAAUAUAUAUCUUUAAGAACACAAAAUCAGAAGAAUAAAAAAAAUUGAAGAAAUAAGUGUAUUUUUAAAAUUUAUUUUGGGGGCACACAAAGUUAUUUUGACUCAUAAAUUGAUAAAAGUUCAUUUUUGGUACCAUAAUUUUCAGAAAGGUUAAAAAAUGCUGGUAUAUUUUUCACAGACACAUUCUCCCAAAACUUUAAAAUAUAUAUUUUUAUUGAAAGAAUGUAUAUAUUUGGAACACCUUUUUUUUUCAAAAACAUAUUUUGGGGUCACAAGUCCAAAUGAAAAAAAAUACAAAAAUAAAUUUUAAAAAAUUUUCACCAAUUUUGCAAAAGUUUUUCUUUUCUCCAUAAAAAAAAAUGGGGAACAUAAAUUCCUUCCACUGCUGAUCGUUGUCCGGAUGUUCAUUUUCAACAUGUUCAAAAACUUGAACUUACUUGAUUUUGUACCUAAUCAAUUGUCUCCUGUUGAGCGCUGUUUAAAGCUCUGAUGGAGCCAAGUUUUUUUUUUUUUCAAUAUUUGCUUCUCUCGCGGCCAAGACUCUUUGUGUGUCAGUCAAUAAUUGCGUGUGUGUUUUUUAGACUUCAACAGUUGGACCGUCGAUGUCAGAGCAGCGCCCAGCAGGUGUGUGAGCUGCUGGCCAAACAGAACCACAUGAUGAUCAACCACACACGACAGCUCCACGACUAACGCACGCAAUAUCAAAAAGUGUCGUGUGACGAAAUGAAUUUCUGUAAGCAUGUCAGCGUUGCUCUUUUUCUACUUUUAUUUCGACUUCUUUAGUCUGACUUCACAGAUGCGAUAAAUUGAAUAACAUUUAGUCUGUUUCUUUUGUGUUUAAGCAGGAUAGCAAUCGUGUGUAUUUAUAAAACUUUUUUUCAUGAUGGAAUAAAUUAAAUCUUUUAUUUAAUAAAACUUGUUUAAAAAAAUUAUUUCUGUCUAAUUGGAAUAUUUUUGUUGAAUAAAUAAAUUCAUAAAUAUUCAGAUAUGCUGCACCUUUAUUACAUUCUAACGGGAUUAGACUUUAUAUAUUUUUAAAACAAUAUUCAGAAACGUAUAUAUAGUUCAAGACAAGUUUCCAUACAGUGUGCAAAAACACUUUUCAUUUUUUUAUUUCAUUGUCCAAAGUAAAAACAGACCAAGCAUCUCCCGUUUCAGGUCAAUUAUUUUGUUUUGUUAAAUGCCAAAAAAAAAAAAAAUCAGAAAAUCUCUUUGACAAUUUAAAUAUAUAGAAAGUUACUAUAAAACUAAUUUUCUAUAUUUUCCAUUUGUUUUUUUUUCUUUGAAAAAAUAAUUGAUAUAAUAUUAAAAUAAAAUUGAUUGGCAGUACAUUUUGCACCAUGAAAGUUAACCUUUGACUUUUUUUUUUUAACAUGUUCAUACUUUUUACAUUCGGCAUGAUUUGCGCCCUCCUCCAGUUUUUUAAAUAAAUAAAUAAGAUUAAAUAAAAAGAAAGAAAUUACAUCCCAUCAACCCUUUUACUAACUAACUAAGUUCGUUUUUUUUUUCUUUUUGAAGCAUAAAAACGUCUGAAGGCAUAAUUUAUUUUAGUGCAACUAUAUAAGAAGGAAAAUAAAGUCCACCCCUUCUAGGUUGAUGGAACUGCUUUUUUUUUCUUUUUUUUUUUUAACUCCCUGGCUAGAGAGCCUCACUGUACAACAGCGCGCGCGCAGACACACAAAAACAUAAAAAACCACCACUGGAGGCCGCUGAAAUGUUUCUGUUCUUUUUUUUUUUUUUUUUCCUAUUUAUUCCAAAAAGGGAAGAUGGCAGAUAUGGCAUUAAUUGAAAAACUCAAAACAUCUCCAUUUUUAUUUUCAGGUUUCUUACUUUUGUCCAGUGUGCCUCAAAGAAGCACAUCAUAUACUGUUCUGUACGUUGUCAAGAAUAAAAGUUUUUUUUUUGUUUUUUUUUUCAGUCAGACUGCAGAAUGAACACAAACAAGAUGACAUCCAAUAAAUUAGAAAACAAAUUCAAGUGAUAAUAACACUGACAUUCAAAUGAUAAUAAAUAGCAUGACAUACAUUUUGUCUAUUUCAACUGCAUUGCAUGUUAAAUGCAUGGUUUUUAAAAUGUUGCUGCAUUUAAAUAAAUUAUUAUUAUUAUUAUUAUUUGUCUUUGUUUUUGGAAUGAAACCAAUAAGGCUUUCCUGGCGUGUGAAGACAAACUUAACGCGAAAGGACCGGCCGGAACGUUGGAAGACGCGACCGCUCCAGGGCGACUGACGUGACAAACGCCGCCCUCUGCCGCGCACGUGAAAGACCGACAGAGCGCCUUUCGUCGCAGUCGGGUCUCGAUGUAGCUGAAGCCUAUCCCAGCCUAUUUUGAGCGAGAGGCCGGACCGGUCGCCAACAGACAAACGAAACACACAUUUGGAUCAUUUAGAACUUUCAGUGAAGCUCUUUUUUUUGGGGGGGGGGGGGGGGCAUGGGACGAAGCUGGAUUCAACCCAGGAUCUCCUGCCCGCGAGGCAGACCUAUCAACCGCUUUUCGACGUGCCGCUUCCAACUACUCCUCGACUCUCACCGGCCUUCCUUCGUCGACUUUGCUUUUCUUCCAUUGUCUUCCGCUUCCCUACUUGCGCUUCUUUCCCGCCGUCUUCGGCUCACACCGACGCCCCGACAAUAAAUACUUUUAAUAUCGAUAAACUUGUCAUGUCUGUCUUCAACACGUCCCGUCAACUGCGCUUGUCACAUUAUGAUCACAAAACCCAAAAACAAAACAAACAGAAGUUCGGAAAGUUCAGACUUCCGCCAAGGCGUUAAACCCACAAACAAAACAAUCAAACAAAAACAACAAUACUUACAUGGUAAUAACGCAUGUUUAAUUAGACUAUGACCAAAAACUAAAAAUAAUUGAAAUUAUUUUUGGGGGAAUGGAGGGGGUCAACAGGAAUCUACAGUGCAACUUUUGGAAUGCCAUUAAUAUGUAUUGUUUAUUAUAUACUGCAUAAUGUAUUAUGGACACUCUGUCCUAUAUCAUUCAUAAAUGUACUAUUAAUAAUUAAUAAUUAUUUUUGGGAGGAUGGAGGGGAUAAACAGGAAUCUACAGUGCAACCUUUGGAAUAAUAUUAAUAUAUAUUGUUUAUUAUAUACUGCAUAAUAUAAUAUUGACAAUUUGUCGAAUAUCAUUCAUAGAUGUAUUAUUAAUAACGCAAUGGAAAUAUUAGUAACCCAUUCAAUGUAAAACCAAAAAAAAAUUAUUAUUAUGGCAACAAUAAGACACACAGUGUCUUAAUUGUUGUCUUUGAUAUCAAAAUUAGAGGUUCAACUCCGCCGACUUUACCAGUGCGCAAUGACAAUUUUAGCUUGAAGUCGAUGAAUCGCCAAUCACGUAUUUUGACAAAAACGAGCACCGUUGAUGCGAAACCACCAACUACGUCUACGUUUGCGCCGACUAGACAACUAGUUGACUUUAUCACUAAUCUUGAACCGACUGAUCAACUUUACCACUAUGCAAUGACAGCAAUGCUCGAAGCCAAUAAAUCGCAUUAGCAACACUUGCGAAUGGCUGAAAUCAACGAAGUGAAAGACGACAACAAGAAAAAUCAAUAAAUAAAAUCAACAGUCGAGGAAUCAAAUCGACUAUCAUAGCCGUAGCGUCGACUACAAAAAAUCUGGAGUUGUUCAACUCUUGUUGCUGAGCAGCCAGGCUAGUAACGCAUACCAGAUUGCUAGCUAGCUAACACUUUGUACCAAAAAGUUCCAUAGCUAGCUAGCUAUGAUCGCAUUAUCCUUCAAUUGCCGUCAACUAUACCUGGGAAAGUCUACAGUACUGUGACGUCAUGGAUGCAACUUCCGAGGUGUAUUUUUGAAAACUCCCCCCCCCCCCCCUCCAAAAAAAAGGGCCUUGGCGGAGGUCUGAACUCUCGUGGGCACAAGAACUCGUACAUCCUGUGCAAAACCCUAAAAGAAAAAAAACAAAAGAGAUCACAGUAACUAAUAAAUAGACAAAUAACGCUUGGCAGAGGUAAAAAGCGACGGAACCGUUUUCGACAUCCUUCGGCCAUUUUGUUUCCUCAGUUCUAACGUUCCGAGAUUCCGCCGGUAGAAAAAAGUCAAAUAGAAAAAUGACCGCGAUAAUAAAUAAGCCAGAAGUACCUCCGCCAAGGAAAGAUCGUCGUCGUGGUCGUCGAAACGUUUGCGUCGGACUCCCACGUCUCACUUCCGUCCAGUCUUCAAUCGGGGAGCGAGUGUUGCAUUGUGGGUGGUAAAGCUAGAAAGGGGGGGAGGGGGCGUCGUGGUCGGCGAACUGCUGUGCUUUGAUGAGGAACCUCCUAGCGUGCGUACGUGACAUCCUGUACUCAUUUAGAGUGCAAAAUCGACGC